AUGAUUAACUACUGGUGUUUGCACCUGCCCUAGAUUUUCUGCCAAACCACCCACGCACCUUCCAUCUCCUGUAUUAAUGUAAGUUGAUUCUUUCACUAGAAAAAGCCGGCAUUUGUUUUUAUGCACAUGCCUAGUAACGUUUAAUUCUUCCACACAAAACUCCAGGCCACUUGGCUAGUGUUCUCCGAUCUCUUUUUGUCUACCAUAACUUAGCAGAAAUGCCUCUCGGAUGGUAUCUCGCCCAGGGUUUGUACCCGCUUGGCCCAUCUAGUAGCGAUGAUGAGGAGGGCCCCUGCGAGUUGCCUGACGGCCGAAUCGUUUGUGGUCCACAUGGCUUUGUCGUCUGUGGAAAAUGUUGCACAGAUUACAGCUUCAUGGACAGUUCUUCGGAUGAAGAUGGAUUUUACGGCGGUGGCGAUGAUGAUGACGAUGAUGAUGACAACGACGAUGAAGAUGAUAUCCCUAUAAACGAUAACGAGGACAGCGAUCUUGAUCUACCAGGUUCCUUUGGCACGGAAAAGAGAAGAGGCACUGGCCAGGUCUUCCCUAUGAGGUUCAUUCCACCGAUGACUACAAUCAUGCCAACGGAGCUGUUUCCUGCCCAGAGAAUUUAUCCUCAAGUGUACAGAUACAUCAACCGCAAUGACCCCCAAGCGGUUCUUAUCUUCACCGACGGCGCUUGCUUGGAUAAUGGCCAGCCAAACCCUAAAGCCGGCUGGGCGAUCGUCCAUGGACAGAAACCAACGGGCGUGCCGUUAACCAUAUCCGGCAGGUUAGAGAGCAAGGGACCAUUUGGCGACGAGGGCAUUCAGAGCAGCAACAGGGCCGAGCUUCGCGCUGUCAUUACAGCUUUACGCCUCCGACACUGGCCUGGUGAAGGCUUUAGUACCAUGGUUAUUGCCACUGACUCGGAGUAUGUAGUCAAGGGAUCUACAAAGUGGGCGAGAUCAUGGACUAGAAAUGAUUGGAAGACGAACACAGGUGCGGACGUCAAGAACAAAGACAUGUGGGAAAUGCUCCUGGGUGAAUUUGAGAGAUGGAACGAGGAAGGUCUCUCUAUCAAAUUCUGGAGAAUCCCAAGAGACUGGAACACAACCGCGGAUGAGGCUGCGAAGAAGCGUGCUUCAGAGGAUAAGGUUCCUAGCCAAUGGGUGGAGGUGCUCGGUCUUCCUUUUUAAGUAGGAUACUUUUAGUCUCAGGCACCCCGUGGUUAUUACUAUGGUGUACCGGUUUGCGGGUAGCUAUCAUCAGCCACCUACUAGGUAGUCCCAUUUCAAAAGACUAGGUACCUAAGAUAUAAUUGAGUCCCAAAAGAGCCAUACUAUAUCAAAGCCUAUACAAGGCACGAAAUCUGGAA